AUGGCAAACUGGGAGCUUAAGAACUGCUGUGAUCACGAUCAGAAGCUCUUCAUUGCUUUCGUUGGUGUUUACACCGUUGUCAUCCUCCUGCUUUGGAGGACUUUUCUGCUUACGCCGUUUAAGCUUAUUACUGUGUUUCUGCAUGAAGCGAGUCAUGCGAUUGCCUGUUUGCUUACUUGUGGCAAGGUGGAGGGUAUCCAGGUUCAUGGAAACGAGGGCGGGGUAACACAGACGCGUGGUGGAAUAUACUGGAUUAUCUUGCCUGCUGGAUAUCUUGGUUCGUCAUUUUGGGGAAUGGCUUUGAUUCUUGCUUCCACAAACAUUCUCACUGCAAGGAUUGCUGCUGGUUGCUUCCUUGCUGCUCUGGUUAUUGUGCUCUUUGUUGCUAAAAAUUGGACACUCCGAGGACUCUGUAUUGGAUUUAUUAUUUUUAUUGCUGUGAUUUGGCUUCUGCAAGAGAAAACCAAAGUCCAUAUCCUUCGCUAUGUCAUUCUCUUCAUUGGUGUGAUGAAUAGUUUGUUUUCAGUUUAUGAUAUUUAUGAUGAUUUAAUAUCUAGAAGAGUCAACUCUAGUGAUGCUGAGAAGUUUGCAGAAGUCUGUCCAUGCCCUUGUAAUGGUUUUGGGUGGGGAGUUAUUUGGGGGAUGAUAUCAUUUGUAUUUCUUUGCGCAUCUUUGUACCUUGGACUGGUCAUAUUAUCAUGA